UGUAAGGAAGAAGAAUUAUUUCUAGCAGAUCUAGGAUUGUAGGGACAGCAAGGGAGAGCGAGAGAAGCUGAAGAAGAGCCGAUGCUCUGCGCUCAAACCUCUGUCCAUAUACAGUGUAACUCGCAUUGUUGCCUCUUUCGUCUCCGAACAUUUCUACAAUGCAACGUUUGUAAAAUAGAGCAGGACGCCCGCGCCCCGUUGCAGAGCUGCGUUGUACUGUUUUCCGGAUUCCAGGAGACUUUCUCACGUCCAGCGGCUCAGUGGCCGUGUGAAAUAGUAUAAUUCUCUGGCCCGAAUCUGCCCCGCCAUGGGGCUGUGCUGUGCAUGUGCGAUACGUCUCUCUUUCAACUCGCACUCAUUGGAUGAUUGGUAGCGUGCUGUGCGUUGACAAUUAAAAAAGAAGUUUGUAUCCUGGUUCUAUUCGGCCGUCCACACCCUCACACGGCGACCUCACCGUGGCCUCUAACGACCUGGAACACGGCCGUGGAUAUAUCCGGGUACUAGUAUCAACAGGGAGUUUAUGCGUAUGUCCUAGCGCCCUACUAGCACCAGUAGCUCACCUGCUAUACGUCUGCCAUCCCAACUGACCAUCUGUACAUGGUUGAACUGAACUAGAACUACCUGCACUGCUCCAUACCUACUGUAGUCUGUAUCCUGCUGCUAGCGCUACAAGUACAAGUAACGACUGCUACGUGUGACCAUGCAUCGAUUGGACAUGCGGUGGGUCGUGGAGAAUGGCUGAUCGUGUGUGCGCCAUCAUGGUGUUCAAGUCGCUCGUGGAUUUCGCUCACCCAGUGUGCUUGAUGAGGGAACAUGGAUGUGUCAUGACAGUAGUGGUUUUGCAGAAGCUACAGCAUGGAUGCUGGUAACCCGUUCCACUCGGAAACGUUCAACUGCGACAUUCAGCCAUGGCUGAAUGAAGUGCCUGCGGAGAGACUGCGCAAUGCGGCCAGAGAGGCUCACCUCAUCACGGAUCGCAUUACGAUUGACACACUGAAACGGACUCAGGCCAACAGUGGUAGUGCGGAUCACAACGAAGCGCUUGUCAAAUCAAUCGUCGCUGGAGGCCGGGAUGCUUACCAGAAGCUGUGCAAUGUCGUCAAGACGCUGGGCUAUGAUGGCAGGCAUGAGCAAAUGGUUCAACUUCUUCGGCGGCCGGGGCCUCAGCUGGAUGCAGCUGGUAACCCGUUCGACUCGGAAACGUUCAUCUGCGACAUUCAGCCAUGGCUGAAUACAGUGCCUCCGGAGAGGCUGCGCACUGUGGCCAUAGAGGCUCACCUCAUCACGGAUCGCAUUACGAUUGACACACUGAAACGGAAUCAGGCCGACAGUGGUAGUGCGGAUCACAACGAAGCGCUUGUCAAAUCAAUCGUCGCUGGAGGCCGGGAUGCUUACCAGAAGCUGUGUAAUGUCGUCAAGACGCUGGGCUAUGAGGGCAGGCAUGAGCAAAUGGUUCAACUUCUUCGGCGGCCGGGUCCUCAGCUGGAUGCAGCUACUUGGACGCAAACCUGCCCGCGACCCAUGGCGUCCGACGAGCAGAAGCUGCCAGCUUCUGUCCGAACUGCCCGUGAUUUGCUGGCUAAGGCAGUUGAGAAGGCUGGUAUUCAGAUUAGCGGUGGACUUGCCAGCGAUGCCAAAAUCCCAUUGAAAGAUAUUUUUGUCAACUUGACGUUGCUGACAAAGGACGAACUUUCCAAACUUUUCAGUAACGAGUCAUCGUCCUUUUCGUCUGCUUCUGAACGAGCACGCCAGUUGAAAUUGUUCUCCGAGGCUCAGCCGCAAAGGGUCGCUACGGCCGAGCGUGGCAUUGAACUGGAAGAUAUUUUCUCCGCUACCAGCGAGCGGUCUUGCAAUCAGGGGGCCGCGCCACGCCCGGGCUGUGACCAUGAGGUAGCUGAUUCUGGUUUACUGGCGCGUGCCAAAGAACCCGUGGAAGAGAACAUGAAGAAUGUACUAGCGUUUGGUAGCGCUGGCUGUGGCAAAUCCACGAUCUUUCUGAUCAUGCUGGAAUACCUCUGGUCUAAAGGUGAGCUGUGGCGUGGAAAGUUUGAUCUGGUAUUGGCAGUGGAAUUACGACGUGCCGAGGUGCAAGCUGCUACGAGCUUGUGCGACUUGCUGGCACGUCGAUUCUCCAGUCUGGAUGUGGAGACAGAUGAGCUGCUGGAGAUGUCCCGGUUCUUUCGCAGCAACCAGUCCCGUCUUUGCAUUGUGCUAGACGGGCUGGAUGAGUGCAAGUUGCAGAACUGCAGUGAAUACAUGCAUGAUCUACUGUUGAGAAGGCGUAGUGGUGAUAUGCAUGUGGUGGUGACGUCUCGACCAUGUACUGAUGCUCAUACCCUGUCUCAGUGUGGAGAGUAUCAACAGCAAGUGGAGGUGGUUGGAUUCUCACCAGACAACGUUGAAACGUACGUGAAGAAAGUGGUGGGCGGUGUGAAAGGCGAGGCUAUGCUGGAGCAGCUCCGCUCACAAGAGGGCACAAUGUCGCUAAUGGGUACACCUCUGUUUGCUGCGCUGGCCUGUGAAUUGUUCAUGGACGACAGAGACGGUAGUAAAUUGCCGGAAUCCAGUACAGGACUGUACGAGUCGCUUGUCCGCCGUGUCAUGGAACGACGUGCGGGCAAACGCUACAAGACGCUUUCCGCCAUCAAGACGGACGAGGUAGAAGUGCUGAAGGAGCUAUCUGGUUUUGCACUAUCUAUGCUAGCUCAGCAAAAGAUGGUGUUCAACGAGGAGGAUGUCAUUUCGGCACAACUCAGCGCGCCUGCAAUUGAAUUAGGAUUGCUGAUGGCUUACAAGAGCACCAGCUCAACAGAAGACCGGCAAUAUCGAUUUGCUCACUUGUCCAUUCAGGAGUUCUUGGCGGCCUGGUACGUGUCUAGCGAGAUGCUGAACGACGAGAACGACGCUGCGUGGCUGGUGAGGAGAGUCGGCCAUUACAGCGGUCACAUGACCAUGUUCUGGCGUUUCCUGAUCGCGCUCACACCGCCAAAGCCAGCAGUCGCCAUCAUGGAGCAUCUGUGGCGGAUAAUCUGCGACGACGACCGUACACAACGUGCAUGCAGCCAGACUGAUACACGCCUGCUCAACGACAUUGUGAGCCGUUCUCAGCCAGCCAAGCAAAACAACGACGUAGACCGUAUCCACGCCCUGCUAAAAUCGGCGCUGGCGAUUGAGAAGAUGAAAGAGCUCGCCGAUCAGCUGCUGGAUGGCACCGCCAGGCAAGGACGUGGUCGUCAGCGUGUCGACAAUGCUCUGCCGCGAGGCAGGGAGUUGACGGACGACUUGUGCCUGGAUACUCUUGUAAGCGUAUGGAAGAACGAGGCAGCGGAGGCGAGUGCAGAGGUGUUCCUGUCGGCUGUACGUAAAGUGGAUCCCGCGACCGCAUCGCAUUGUGAGCAGCAUACGAUGACAAGCGCAACAUCGGAGAUAUCUACACCAUCGUCACCUGGAGCUGCCCCGGCUGCUACUGCUGCACCUAUACGGCCUCCUGCGGAUAACGGGGGAGAACGCCGUUGCCUAGCUGAUUUGUUAGUAGCUUAUCUAGAGCACUGCCAGUAUCAAGGUACGUCAUCUUGUAAUGGCCAUUGUUCAUUCUUCUCUCAGGUCUUUUCUCUGGAUUUUCGUUGGGUGAGCAUCAGCCUGUUAGAUUGCACUGCCAUUGCUCAUUUCCUCACAACCCAUUUUUGUGUGGACGUGCAGGAAGUGUACCUUUAUUGGUGUAGGUUACCCAGCACUGCUAUGCGCUGCAUUCUUAAUGGCUUGGCACACUACACACAUGUACGUGAGCUCUAUUUGGCAUGGAAUGACUGUACCGAUGGUAAUGUCUUUUCAUCAGCCAUUUUGUCCGCAUCGUCCAGCCUGGAGGAAGUGGAUUUAGAUUGGAAUGAAGUCGGCAUUGACGGCUUAGCUUUGAUCUGCCGAGCGCUGAGUUCAUGUAGGAAUUUGUGGUUUGUUUCACUUUCCGGGUUAUACAGUGAGCGCGGUGCUGAUGUGCCGCUCACGUCCAUUCUGGAAAUUCUCCAUUCUAACAGGAACCUGGGUGUACUGUAUGUCCGCGGGUAUUCCUUCACGUAUGUUCCUAGAUCGGAGGAACGACGUGUACUAGCCCAGUUCGUACAGGCUGUUCGCCAGUGUAGCCAGCUUAGUGAGCUCUGCUUUUCUCCACAGUAUGGGGAUAACAGCAGGUUGGUGUCCGAGCUACAGCCGCUGGUAGAUGAUCCUGAAUGUGCUCUCCUGAAGAUUGGAAAGCUCUGAUUGUUACUAUGACAAUGUACAGGUGCCAUGGUUAUAGCCAGCACCAGCCCCGGCACAGAUUCUCUCUGGCAGUGAGCACUGUGUUCUAUUUUUGUACAAAACUUGAUUAUUCAGCCGCUACCGUUAACUACUUGCCUAUAACGGGGCAAUGCAAAGCCCAUUUUCCUCUUGCCCAGGCCAAACACUGAGUUGACCGUAUGCGCUUUCCUUGCCAGUGGUGCCCGUGUAUAUAGCAGAUAAUUUUCAAAAGCUGUUCUGUCUUUUCUCAAUUCUUGAGCACCGCCAUGCUGAUAACACUGCCUGCAGUACAAAAAUAUUAUUUUGAGUAUCUUGUACUGACACGAUGUUUUCACUCCAUUUCCUUGUCUCUUCUGUGUUUCCUGAAUUACACUGACAGUUGGCUGUGUGCAGUGCACCGGUAUGCAGAC